AUGUCUGAGCUACAGCCUCUUAUUGUCUACGGAUGCGGUCACACCCCCAACCCUUGGAAGGUUGUCAUCAUCAUUGAAGAACUUGGCCUCCCGUAUGUGGUCGAGCAAGUCAACAUCGCAACCAUCAAAGAGGAACCGUACAUCUCGCUGAAUCCCAACGGCCGUCUCCCUGCCUUUAAGGACCCCAACAACAAUGAUAUUGUGCUCUUCGAGUCCGGAGCCAUUAUCGACUACAUAAUCGAAGUCUACGACAAAAAGGCCCUGCUUCACUAUGCCUCCGGGCCCGAGAAGCACAUCACCCGCUGCUGGGAGCACUUUCAGAUGAGCGGACAGGGCCCGUACUUUGGCCAGAAGAUCUGGUUCGAGAAGUUCCAUCCCCAGCGACUGCCGACCGCGAUUGAGCGCUAUCUCAACGAGAUGAAGCGUGUUAUCGGUGUGAUUGAUAGCCACCUUGCCAAGAAGGGCACUGACUACUUGGUGGGGGACAGGGUGACAUAUGCGGACCUCAUGUUCCUUCCUUACUUUACUGCUCUGCCAGCUCUAGUUCCAGAGCUGGAUGUCACCAACUAUCCGCAGUAUAACGCCUGGCUGGAGAGGCUGGUCACUCGCCCAAUCACGUCGAAGGUGUUGGCGAGGUUGGCGGACGCCGCUGCCAAGGGGACCAUUCCCGCGAUUAAGCAGGUGGCAGUUGUUGAGGUCUAG